AUGAGUCCCACCGUUGUUGCGACAAGGAAUGGCAGUCCUCUUCCCUCUUCCGCAGAGAAUGGCAAAUCAACUGCUGCUGCUGCCAUUGAGAAAGAAGACGGAUCGUACGUGAACGGAGAAGGAGAGCAAACUGAACAAGAUCAAGAAUAUGUUGAAGCUGUUAAACGUUUGGAAAAGGUUAAGGUUCCUGCAAGAGAUGAUGAACAUUGGAGAAAGAUUUUGGAGGAAGACGAUGAGACCAGUAAACGUUUAGCCAAUUCUUCGACACAAGAAGAAAUUCGAAAGGAAAUUGAGAUCAUUCUUGGCCCUUCAAAAGAUUGGAGCUCAAAUUCAGAAGAAGUACAAACAUUCCGUGAAACCGUCAAAAAAAUUCAAUACUUUGAAAAGAGUGAACGUAAAAGCGAAGACAGAGAAGCAUUCCUUCCUCCUGUAUUUUUAAGUGUUGAACCAAUCAAUCCCAACGAGUUAAAUAAGAAAAUCCUUAUUAACGUAAACUGUACACUCCAUGGAAAUAAGGCAGCAAAAACUGUAGAAUGUGAUUAUAAUACAUCUGCUGACGAUUUUGCCGAGUUAUUUUUGAACAAAUUGAAUACAGCUCACCAACAAAAAAGAAAGAAGGAGGAUUGGGUUUUUAAAGCAGCAGGUACUGCCGAAUACAUGUAUGGUGACUACAAAAUGGCUCAAUUCGACCACAUUCGAAAAUGUAUGAAGAAGGGUGUUAAACCAACCUUAACACUUUUGGAUAAAGAAACAGUUAAGGCAGAGUUGGACCCCAGAGAUGUGACACUCAAAACAGUGUCAUAUGAUUUUAAACAUGAAAAGGACCCAAAGCUCUAUGUACACGAAGAGAUUUGUUACGGUAAAAGCGACUGGUCAAAAAUGAAACACAUCAGCUUAUGGGAUUUAGUGAAAUGUUGCCGAGUUAAGCUUAUAGGAGUUGACAACUUGGUUGGAAACCAAAUCACACAACCAGAUAAUACCUAUUUAUAUUUUUGCUGUGAGCUUUAUCACGGAGGUACUCCUCUCUCGAGACAAAAAUUCUCAAAAAUGGUUCCCUUUAACCGUUCUCCUCGUUGGAAUCAAACAAUUGUUUUUGACGAAGUAUUAAUCUCAGACAUCCCAAGAGAGACAAAAUUGUGCUUGACUUUAUUUGCAAGAGAUGUGACAACUAAAAACGCCUCUGGAAAAGAUCCCCUCCAUGCUCCACAUCAUGUCAGCUCCAAAGACAUUGCUCUUGGAUACACAAUUAAGCCUCUUAUUAACUUUAAAGGAUUUUUAAAUCAGGGAGAUGUGAUCUCAGCAAUGUGGCCAAAUGAUAGAGCCAAGCCAAUCAGCGUUGUUGCUGAGAACACAGGAUCUGACGAGACGCCAAUAGUUGUCUCUUAUCAAUUUGAUCGAUAUGCUUUACCUGUUGUGUUUCCCCAAGGUAGACCUCCAAAAAAGAUGGCCAAGCGUUUACUUUCAUACGAACAAAAGCUUUCUGAACAUUUCAAAGAAAGUUUUGUCAAUCUUAAUGGAAUUCAACUUGAUCGAAAGCUGAAUGAAAUUAUUUCGAAAGACCCUCUCGAAAUUCUCAAAGAUGAAGAAAAAUAUUUACUUUGGGCAAACAAGGAACGAAUUAUGGACAUACCAAAGGCACUUCCAAAAUUCAUUCUCAGUGUUCCUUGGAAGAUGCCCCAAGCUGUUUUUAUUGCCCAUACUUUGAUACAAAGAUGGAAACCAAUGACACCUGUAGAUGCUUUGGAAUUACUUGAUUAUAACUUUGCUGAUGAAAAAGUUCGACAAUAUGCAGUUGAAAGACUUAAUGAAUUGGGAGAUGUUCAACUGAGCGACUUUUUGUUACAAUUGGUCCAAACCUUAAAAUAUGAACUCUAUCACGACAGCAGUCUUGCAAGAUUUUUAUUACAGAGAGGUCUCAGAUCUACGCACAUUAUUGGUCACAUUCUCUUUUGGCACUUGAAGGCCGAAAUGCAUGUUCCUUAUGCCAAAGAGAGACACGGUCUUCUGUUGGAGGAAUAUUUACUGAACAGUGGUGGUCACAGAAGAGAAUUGUUGAAACAAAGCGGUGUGUUGGAUCAAUUGCUUGAGAUUGCUAUCAAGAUUAAACAUGAAAAGAAGGCCACAGUUACAGAAGCUCUCGUACAACAUUUACAAACACUUAGACAGCCACCAAAAUACAAGCUUCCACUCUCUCCUCGUAUGGAAGUUAUUGGAAUAAUUCCAGAGAAGUGCAGAGUUAUGGAUUCUGCAAAGAGACCUCUAUGGUUAUGUUUCAAGAAUGCAGACGAGACUGGUGAUGACCUUUAUGUCAUGUUUAAGGCUGGAGAUGAUUUACGACAAGAUUUACUCACUCUCCAAGUGUUGAGAGUCAUGGAUCAGCUCUGGAAGAAGGAAGGUUUGGAUCUUCAUAUGCAACCUUAUGGAUGUAUUUGUACAGGUUACAUGACAGGUAUGAUUGAAAUUGUGUUGAACAGUCAAACCAUUGCAAACGUGACAAAGAAACGUGCAGGAGUGGCUGGAGCCUUCAAACAAGAUCCAAUCUACAAAUGGCUCAAGGAACACAACAAUGAUGAGGAGUGGGAUACUGUUGUCAACAACUUUGUGCACUCAUGUGCUGGCUAUUGCUCAGCAACAUAUGUUCUCGGUAUUGGUGACAGACACAAUGAUAACAUUAUGAUUACAAAGAAGGGUGAUUUGUUCCAUAUUGAUUUUGGUCACUUUUUAGGUCACUUUAAAACGUUUGCUGGCCUCAAACGUGAAACAACACCUUUUGUUUUCACUCCAAUGUAUGCCUAUGUCAUGGGUGGUGAGAAUAGUGAAAUGUAUGAAAAGUUCAGUGAUUUGGGAUGCAGAGCUUAUAACAUUCUGCGUAAAUAUGGACACAUGAUCAUGACUUUGUUCACCUUAAUGUUGGGUACAGGUAUUCCAGAAUUGUCAAGCAUUGACGAUGUUUUAUGGCUGAGAAAAUGUUUAAUUUUGAAUGUUACGAAUGAAGAAGCCGAUAAUGCGUUCCGUGAAAAGAUUAAGGAAAGUUUGGGCAAUAUUCGAGCCAGAAUUAAUGACGGUGUUCACAUUUUGGCUCACAGAAAAUAA